AAAAGAAGCGGGGGCCGGAUACGAGGCGCGUUAUGGCGGUGGAUUCGGGAAGCUUCUCUAGCUGACGGGUAGAAGUCCCUGGACUCACCCUGAAUGCUCGUUUCAUCCAUUUUUGAAGGCGGGAGGCGGGGAUACCCAUUUUUUUCGUUUGCAUUGAAGAUUACACCGCGCAGAAGAGGGGCAAACCCGAGGACAUUGAUAAGCAAAGCCCCUCAGGUGCCUGAUAUUCUGCCCCGGAAGACCUGCGACGGGGAGGGUGAGCGGUGUUUGUUGUUUUUGCUUUCGAUCCAGCCAGCCAGUGUACUCGUCACCAUCACAUCAACCACUUGUACAGUGUUACUUCCGCGGCAUCUUUCCUUCGGGCCGGGGUUCUUCAAUGUUCGGCAAGGGACGAAAUGCACCGCAAGGAAAACUCGCCAUCGCUCUCAAAUGAGGAUGGUUCGCUCGUGGAACUUCAUCGAAGCUCCAAUUGGCCAUGACAAGCCAUGCUCCGUCUCUCCCGUGCCCCCCUGCGCCCCCACCACUCUCGUCGUGAUGUCUGCAUUGUCGGCAGCAAAUACGCACAUGGAUUAGUUAGGAGUCUACUUUAUCUGAUUUUCCGAUGAACCUUACCCCGCUCGAGAUCUUUAAUGAUGCGGCUGAGGAAAGGUGGAGAAAACGUAGCUAGUCUUGAGACAAUUCGAGCCAUGCUAUAACCGUUUCCUACGCCUGCCAAGAUAUUUUACACUCUCUGGAUCCUCAUCCUUCUCACAGAUUCACGGUGGAAGUU